GUUCGUGGCUAGUCCGUGGCUAACCACUCCAAAUGCAUACUCUGGGGAGAAUGUCAGCUUUGAGGGUACUGAUCUCCAUCAAUAUCAUGGUGUCUGCUUCAACAAACAGUUCACUUAUGGACAGACAACAGAGAAGUUUCAUACUCCCUGUGGAAGCUAACACUUCCCUGUCUAAGCCUGUGGAUACAAAGGCUGUGCUCUCUUGCCCUCCGAUCACCCAGAAAGCUGUGCUGGUAACAAUAAGAUGGGAAAUAAUCCUCAGAGACAAGCCUUCCUGCACUAGAGCCUACAGGAGAGAUACAAAUGAGACCAGGGCCAUAAACUGUAGUGACAAGACAAUAUCCUGGGACUCCAGACCUGAUCGGAAUCCCGCCCUUCAGAUCGAUCCAGUGGCCAUCACUCAUGAUGGAUAUUACAGGUGUGAAGUGGUCACAACUCAUGGGCAUUUCUAUCAUGGAUAUCACCUGAAAGUGUUAGUGCCCCCCCAGGUGACCCUGUUUCAACUUGAGAAUGGAACUAUCGUGUGUAGGGCAGCUGCAGGGAAGCCAGCGGCACAGAUCUCCUGGACCCCAGGGGGAGAUUGUCACACUGUGGAAGAGCCACUGGGCAAUGACACAGUGACCGUCCAGAGUUCGUGCCGCUGGGAGGACCACCGGGUAUCUAAGGUGUCCUGCUCUGUGUCCCAUCUGACUGGCAACAUGAGUCUUUCCAUUGAGAGGAAUUCUGGAGACCAGUUACCACAAAAAUUUGUUAAAAUACUAAUUAAACAGAAGUUACUUCAGUUGUUGAGGAGGAUGAAAUGCAAUCCUAUGCCGGCUACACAGAGAAGAACAAUCUAUGACACUGUGAGCAGAGUGAGGAGGUCUCAGGUGUUACAAAACGAAGUUGAUGGGCUUCAUAAGUUCCCUGAAUCUAGCACCAGAACAAAUGAAUAAAGAAACAGUAAAGCUA